UCAGAUCAGGUUCCUUGUAGUUUCCUUUAUUGAUCAUCAGCAUAAGCCCGACUGCAGGAGGAGGUGGACUUGAUCCAAGCAAUUAAUUGGUGCAGGAUUUGUACCAAGGCUGCCCUGCUAUUGUUCAUUGGACUUCAAUCCUCUACCCCUCUCUCCAUCUAUCCCUUCAAUCCUCAAUCCCUCCAUUCUCUGAUGCCAUGGAUUUGGAAGGUGCUGGCUAAGGAUCCUUGGUGAAUUUCUGCAGUGCAUCUUGUAGAUAGUACACACUGAGUGUCACUGGUGGAGGGAGUGGAUGUUGAAGGUGGUAAAUGAGGUACCAAUGAAGUAGGUUGCUUUGUCAUAGUAGUUGUAGUAACUGCUAUCAUCCAGACAAGCGGGGAGUAUUCCAUCACGUUCCUGACUUCUGCCUUGUAGAUGGUGGACGGGCUUUGGCGAGUUAGGAGGUUACCAUGAGGUUCCUGUGGAUCUUGCACUUUGUUCUGGGAGUCUACAUGGUGAAGGCUGGAGAUGAUUAUACGUUAGAGACUAAUGUUCCAGAUCCUCUCUUCCCCAUGCUUUUGAACAACACGCUCAUGCCUGAGAAUGCAGCUGGAUUAGGAAUCCCGGAGCUCUCAAGUGUGUGUGAGAUUACAGUGCUGACCAGCUCCAUAACCAUCCCCAGUGAGCAGGAAGCUAUUAGCUCCCUGAUUCAGGAGGAUCUCAAUCCCGUCAAGAAUCUCCUGAAUGGCAGCAGUUCUAUUCUGGAGAGCUUAGCAACUGCAGUUAAUGAAGAGACUGGGAAAGUGAGCUACCAAUCGUUAAUCACCACCACAGUCCUGGACAUUAAGCAACAGAAUGAGCUAUCCAAUAACAUCAUGACAGAAAUCUUCCAAGCCCUUGACUCAGAACCAACAUCAAAUAACCAUGUGAAAAAGUUCAAGGAGAAGGUUUGGAAGAUGGACACGAUGCUGCAGGCCAUCCAUCUCCUUGCCAGCCAGGUCGAGGAGCUGUCAGACACUCUUUCAACAGAACUGAGCCAACAUAUGGGCAAGUCUCACACAAUGGAGUCUAUCCAAUACCAGAACUGAGGGGCAGCUGGCAGGCUGCUUGUUAGACACCACAUCUCACUAGCAAUCAGCUCACAUCUGUGAUGCUCAGAUUCAUUUUCUUGACGAGGUUCCAGUAUUAGCAGAAACGGUCAAAACAUGAGCGAAAAACACCAGCCACUAUUUCCCAUGUGCAAUGCUCUUUAGCCUGACAAAUCCUUUCUACUCUCUCUCUAUUGGUCUAAGUUCAGUUCUUUGUUCUGUUCCAAUUUAUUCACUGUAUACUUUUAGUUGGUGGCCCAGUGUAUUACCAACACAUCAACAACUGCCUGCACCCAUUUUAAGUUUCCCAGUCAUGCCAUAUAAAGGGUCAUGUUUCCAAACAGCUUGCUAAUGAUAUUAAAACCUGCUCACUAUUCACUUACUGCAUAUGUUCAAACUCAUAUGAAGUUGUAACAUUUCAAUAAAUGAUGAGAAACGAUCUUUGCUGCAUUCUGGGAUGUGGUCACCUGGUAAAUAUUCCCUCAAUGGGACUCUUCAGCGUUUCAAGGGUCAGAUGGUCCCUUGGUUCUCACAGUGCUGCUCUGGUCUAUUUUCUCAAGAAGGACUUUGUACAAGGGAGUCUUUGAUCUUUACUCGAUAUCACCCCACUUCAUGAUGAUCAGGAACCCCACAUCCCGAGUGCAGUUGAUCCAGAAUUUCUCCAAAUUGAAACUUGUGUUUAAAAAAAUUGCAUCCCAAAAUGAUAUAGCCAUCACACAAGUCAGCAAAUGUUUCAGGGCAGAGAUUUAGAGGAUGUGCUAUAUUUGAACUUACAUGUAGACCUAAUGAACAGACAUGGCUGA